AUGCCAGAGAAGAAUCCUCCGAUAUUAGAGAGGUAUGAUGGCUCAACGGAUCCCGACAAUCAUCUUAGGAUCUUCACCAAUGCAAUGGCGUUCUACACGGACAAUGACCCGGUCAUAUGCAGAGCCUUCUCCUUAUCGCUUAAGGACAAAGCAUUGGAGUGGUAUAACACUCUUCCCCCAAACACAGUGGAUUGCUUCGCCACUGUAGAAACCCUCUUUAGAAGGCAAUACGCCUCCAAUCAGAAACAGGAGAUAACACCAGCGGAAUUAGUAAAUACUAAGCAAGAGAAAGGGGAAACUAUGAAAGCCUUUAUGAAAAGAUAUAAUGAAACCGCACGGCGAGUUAAAGAUGUUAAUCACACUUUUAUCAUCAGCAACCUGCCUUCAUGUCUAAGGCCAGGAUAUUUUGCUGAAAAAUUAUAUGCACGACCACCAAAAACAAUGGAUGAACUUCAGGAAAGGAUAACUGAGUUUCUUAGUACGGAGGACAUGCGAAUGUCAAAAAGAAAGCAACAACAGGAAGCUGAUGUAGGCGGAAAGAGAAAGGACAACAGACAAACAUUCGACGAUAGUGACAAGGGAGGAGGGUCUCGACCAAAAGACUUCCCCCGAGUGCCUAAGUUUGAUCAUUACACAGCCAUUAAUGCACCAAGGGCAAAAAUCCUCGCGGAAGCUCUUGGGGCUGAGCUCUUUUCGGUCAGGAAACAUCAUUCACAUAAAAAUGCUGAUGGAGGAAAGCAUAGGCAAUACCAUCAAAAAUUGGGACAUACCACCGAAGAGUGUGUAACACUCAAAAACAAAAUCGAAGAACUUAUUCAUGUAGGCCAUCUCCGUAAAUUUGUGGAGAAGGAUCGACAACGGAUAAGAAGCUCAUCAAGGUCUCCACAAAGAAAUACAGAACGAUCGAAUAGAAAGGAGGAGCAGAAACAUAGGCGUGGUUGCAACCGCAGCCAUAGCUCUGACCGCACAAUCCUGAGGUGUAUCAAUUAG